AUGUCUAAUAAUCAAAAGAAAGACAGUUAUGUUAUCUGCAAAUGUCCAGACUGUACAAAGUUGGAUAGCUGUGGAAAGAAACAGAAACCACAAAAUGCACAACGACACUAUAAGAAACAUAUAGUGACUGUUGCCAAAGACAAUGCAAUGGAUGUUCCUGAAGAAUAUUUUGACGACAUGGAAGUAGAUAGUAUUGACAGUGACAAUGACAAUGAUUAUGAUUGCAAAAACGAAGGUGAAGGUGAAUAUGAAGAUGAAAAUGAAGAACAAAACAUUGAAUUUGAUCAAGAAGUUGACUUACCUUUGUCCCAAGAAGAGUCUAUCUUUACUGCCAAAGAUACAUUUACAGGAGCAUUUGUGGUUGAUAGAGAUGAGAUGGAAGAAGGCAAUACUGGUUUUGAUUUUGAACAAGAAGAAAACUUUGAAGAGACCAGUGGGAUCUCAAUAGUAGAAUCAGUUCGUUCUUCAUCUUUUAAUAACAUGCCCUUGUAUAUCUGCUUUGUUGCAGUAUUCAUUGUCAUAUUUCACUUGAUCUUUUUAGUGGAAAGCAGUGGAUCGAUUCUCAUUGAAUUUUGUAAUACUCUACUAUCUCUCUGUGAUAUGUCUGGCACCCUUCUACUGAUGAUCAAUAGCUUGAAGCAUAAAACAGGAUUUAACAUGGUAACAGACGGAAUGACAGUAUACAUUGAAUACUCACAAUGUCAUUCGAUUCAGCAAUCUUAG